AUGCGGCAAAGGGGGAAGGAUGAUAAAAGUAAAGGAACAGAAAACACAAACAAUGAUUUCAACACUACCAUGGCAGAACUCAAUGCACAGCGGGAGGAGUUUAAAGCACGCUUAAAAUCUCAGAGUGCUACUCUCAAAGCGCAGAUUAAUGAGGUGCAUUCCUCACUUGAAAAACUUUUAGCCAGUGAAUUGAAACGCCUUGAGCAAUUGAUCGCGAUGAGAUGAAAGCUGAGAUGGAUACCAAAAUAAGCCUACUGCAGCAAAACCUUGACCUUGAUAUUGGCCAUGUCACGGCUAGAAUGGAUGCAUUCGAAUCGAAACUGGAAGAAGCAAAAUGCUAUGUCAACUAGUUUCAAUCGGAUGUAUCUAUCAUCAUUGUGGGCCUCGCCUUAACCGAGGGGGAAAUCUCUCGGGAGAGAGCAAAUGCUUUACUAUUCGAGGGGCUAAAAUGUGAUCCGGUGCCUGAAAUCGUCAACACAGAGCGAACGACACCGCAAGGACAGGGGCCUGGGGUGAUCAAGGUGGAGUUCCGAACCGUGCAGGACAAAGUAGGGGUGCUGCGUCGUAAGAAGAAUUUGAGGGACAACGAACUGUUUAGCCAAGUUUUCAUUCACGCUGCUAAGUCACACAUAGAGAGGCUGAUCAACUUAAACUUCAGUACCCUUCACAGUGAACUCCCUGUGUGGAAAGGAUUAUUUCCUGACUGGGAACGGGAGACUGGUGAAACGUGACCAACAGCAGGACCCCAGCAGGACCCCCGCAAGUGAACCCACAAGACGGAGGUCCAACCGGGGGGAAGGGGUUGAAUGA